GGUUAUAACACUGUGACAAACCGAUGCGGAAGUUGAACAGACUGUCGGUAAAAUAGUUCUAAAAUGGACACCUCUGAAACUGAUGUACGCUGAGUUUUGAAGAAAACAGGUAUGUCGUACAACCAGUAUGGUUACGUGGUGGCUUCCUGUCCUCUCAAUGAGACAGAGUUUACUACAGCGGCGACCAGACUGAACUGUACCGAGGAUAAGUAUGGACGGAAUCAGUAUACAUGUGUUCCCAAGCUUGACUUGUCGGCAAUAGUAGAGUUCUGCUACAGGUACACCGUGGGAAUCUACCCGAAAGGUAUUUGUCUAGGGGCACUCUAUAAUGGAGACCUGGACGCGCUCAGGUGUGGACAUUUCUCGGAGGGUUGUCCAGCUGACAGUUACAGAGGAGCUGACCUGUUUAAAUUUCCAGCUUGCUCUCAAAUCAAUACAGAACAGCGAUGCUUCUAUGCAGACCCCGCUUGUCCUAACGAAACAGAGAGUUUUACUACUGAAGAUGAACCGAUUCCUACAGGAUCAACAACAUUGAUGAACGCCUUCAAUACAACAACGAAUAUAUCGAAUACACUUACCACGCCUGUAGAACAAGGAUCCGCCGAUGUAGGGGCGAUCAUUGGAAGUGUAAUGUCCGUCGUAAUUGUUCUUGUCAUUGUACUAGCAGUCGUAUUUUGGAGACGAAGGAAAAGAUACUCGCGUGUGCCUCAGGAAGAAAUAAUGCUGGCUGAUUUGGAGAAUCAACGGGCUGAGCUGAUGAAGCGAAAGAUGUCCAUAGAUGGCACGGAAGAAGACCAACAGGGUUCCGUGACAAAAGGACCAAGGAUAGAUAUUGAAGAUGACAUUCAAACAGAACUAAAAGCAAAUGAGACUGUACGUCUAGACCAAAAAGAGAAAGAAAAAGAGCUAGAUGAGAGGGAUAAAGAAACAGAGCUGGCUGAGUGGAGAAGGCGACGUUUUGGCGAAUACAACACAUGGAAAACACCUAUUUCAGACCAGUUCUCCUCCCUGUCUGAUGACGAGGUGUGGGUGUUAUUCUGUUUUCUGUGUUCUGACUCCGGUACCCCCAACUUUACUGAUACAGACUGUCUGGACAUUCUUAAUAAGAUACGAGAGAUGUACCGUGAGGACCGUGUAACAAGUGAGAAGGCACAGCGGACUCUGGACAGACUGAACUCACGUGGAUUUAUUUGGAAUCAGGACGGAGUGGACAUCACUGAGGACGCCAAGGAUGAGACCGUGUACCGUGUUACAGGACGUGUUAUAGAACGUGUUACAGGACUUAGUGAUCGUCUCCCUGUUUCACUGCUCCAUCUGUUACCCAGUUAUACUACAGCAGUGAGGUAUCUGAGAUCACACAGAUACACCAGGGAGUCUGGAGAGAAAUGUCUCAUUAGUGUCAACUCGUCAUGUGAUUCCUUACUCAUACGCCGUCUACAGAUGAACAUACUGACCCACGUCACCAUGGAGGACACGACUAUCUGUGAUGAAGUGUCACAGUACUUGAACAUCCCUCUAAGCAAAGUACGUAUGAGUGAUGAUGCACGAGGGGCGCUUUUAGAGGAAUUGCACCGGACUGGGGAGCGUGUACAAUACAGAGGCGGAUCACAGGGCAGUGUACAACACGUCAAGUGGCUCUGGAUAUACGGGAGACCUGACAUCGUGAGAUCCUGUAUAGGUCUCCACCCACACUGGGAUAUUUACAUCAUCAACAACACGGCUUACAGAAAACACAGUCAGCACCACGACCGUCCUCCAGCUGAACGUUGUCUCCUGUACUGUCUUCUGAUGGUGGACGACUACACCGUCAAGGUCAAGGACGAAUCUCACAUCAAGAUGUACAAUGCGAUCAGAGAACGAUACUUUACAAGCCUACCUGUUUGUGAUGAAAUCACCGCCACUAACAGUCCUGAGGAAAUCCUUCAAACAGAAAACGACGUGAUCAAGUUUAAAUCAGACGACAUCCGGCAUGACGUCAUGUACGCGUUUGUUACGGAGUGUCUGGUGGAGGACAGUGAUCUGAAGUUUUUCCUGACCACGGCGUCACGUCACAUGAUAUCAGAAUACUGCCGGUCGUGGGAUUAUAAGAGGAGUGAGGGAGAGAGAUGUCUGUAUAUUCCGAAUAAUCCGGAUGAGAUGUGCAAGCUGUUCAUAGACAGACUACAGCUGGACAUCCUCACACACUGUACCGUGUCAGACAGGAUGAUUCAUGACAGUAUCACUAAACGUUUGGGAGUCCCUGAGGAAAUAUUAAACUGGGACCAAGAGGCCAGAGAGCGGUACGUGGAGUACGCCAAGAGAGGAACACAGACGGUCCACCACGCCAGGGGGAUGAUCGUAGGAUGUGCCGGGGCCGGCAAGACCACGUUACUGAAACGUCUGCUCAGAUGUAGUGACGCAGAUAUAAUGGGUGUGACGUCAACGAAAGGACUAGAGGUCCAUGAGGAGAUAUUCGAAAUUUGUAAUAAUGAAUUAAAAGCAAAGGCUGGAGAUGGACGUCAAAUGCCUCAUCACAGUCAUCUAAACAGAGAUAUGAAUGACAGCAAAGAAACUACAAAGAAGUUGGUGAGCUUCGUUGACUUUGGAGGACAGUGUGCGUACUACGCCUGUCAUCAAAUUUACCUGACCAGAAGAGCUUUCUACUUAUUGGUAAUAGACGCCUCUAAACGUCUGAAAGAUGUGGUAGAUAACAGAGUGUGUGACCAGGAGGGGACUGUGUUCGCGGGAUGGACAUAUGAGAGAUAUUUCCUGUUCUGGUUAGAGUCCAUUCAGACGUACUGCUCUCAAGAAGAUGAGAAAGACAAAGAUGUGGAUGUGGUGAUUGUGGCAACACAUUGGGACAAAGGCAUAUACAAGGAAAAGACAGAUUUCCUUGAUGUACUUCACAAAUCAUUGCCUCCUCGUUCUACUCUUGGGCAAUAUAUCAGAGAAGAUAGAAGUUUCUGUACAAGUUUUCCAAUCCAACCUCUUAGCGACCUUAGUAGAUUUCUCACCGACUUGGCAACAAAUGAGAACAAAUGGAGCGAAAUGAUACCAAAUGGGUGGACCUUUCUGAGCAACAUCAUACAAAGUGAGAGGAAGAUUAAGCGCAUCUUGACACUGGAUGACAUUUUACAGAAAAUGGAGACUUACGACGAAAGGAAAGGAGAACGUGCGGCAGACAUGUUGCGCUACUACCAUGACGCUGGGAAAGUUCUUUACUUUCAAGAAGAAGGUCUAAAAGAUUCAGUUAUAAUCGACGUCCAGUGGUUUAUCGAUUCCUUUAAAACCGUCAUAACAGAUAAAAAUCACAGGAAAGGAAUCAAGACCACAACUGCAAGCUGGGAUGAGUACUAUGAAACUGGUCAUCUGGAAGACGAUCUUCUCGAUAAUAUCUGGAAAAAGGAAGAUGAAGAACUGAAGGCAAUAUAUGAUCCAGACACAGAGGAACUCAAUCCUCGUUUUCGUAUGCAUCACAAGAAAACUUUGUUGACGUAUAUGGAGAGGCUUGGCUUAAUCUCUGUUGGAAGAGACUCACAUUAUGUUCCAUGCAUGAACAAAAAGCCAUUUGGAGAAGACCAGAAAAGAAUCAUCAAGAAUUCAGUCUUCAGAACACCAGUGCUGGUGUUCUGUUUUGAUUUCUUACCUUACUUUCUUUUUUACCGACUUGUUGUUAAAUUAAUGCAAGUUGAAAACUGGAAAGUCUUGGAAAAUGAAGGCAUUAGUUGCUUAUACAAUAGUGCCGCCAUGUUUGAGUUCCAGAGCCAUCGAAUUGCAGUAGCUGUUACAUCUUCAACAAUUCAAAUUCAAAUCUACAAAGUGGAUUCCAAAUUGUCAAAAGAUUUUACAGUUUCCGUCAGAGAAAUAAUUGAAAGUGCAAUGGAUGAACUCACACAAACUUUUCAUGGAAAAAACAUUAAGUACAUAGCGGGAUUUUCGUGUGAGCAAGCAGAUGAGCAGGUCGUCGGGUUAGAUUUAAAAAAGAAUUUCAUUAAGGAAAACGAACUGCAAGCAGGAGAGUCAAUGCCUUGUCCACGACAUCAAAUGGAAACCCACAAGAUCCACCCCGAUUAUCUAACAAGAUAUUGGAAAGGAAGUAACUAGAAAGUGGCAUUGCUUUGGGAAAUGGUUUAACAACAUGCUUUAAUUCAUAUCGUGUUUAAUAUUGAUCCAAAUAUGAAAUCAAUUUUGAAAAUCUGACCAAAUAUGAGAAAGCGGUCUACUACGUUUUUAUUGUAAUGAACAGACGUGUUGAGUAAAUCUGCACUGUAUUCAAAAGCAGUUCCAAAUGCACUACUAUACGUGCAAAAUUAUAUAUAUGUACGAGCAUGUGGUUUUAUUGUUAUAUGUUUAUUAUUAUAUGUUUAUCCGCGAAUGUUAUUGGUAUAACAUGUUAUUGGUACGCAGCUAUAUUAAGGCUUCCCGGGGUUUGAAAUGCGUUCAAAACAUACAUUGCAUUGCGAGGUCGGUUUUUGGUUUUCAUUUGUAAUUUAUAUACUUAAGUACAGACAAUUUAUAUAGAAGGUUCCCUCGGCUAUAUAUUAGCAUAUCUUUUAUGAUAUCACAUGACUCCGUUGAUCACGUGACGGUCAUUUAUAAUUGUUUGAAGUGUUUCACAUCAAUCGAUUCAGCGCAGCUGAUUUAACAAUUAUUUCUAACUUUUAGUUUGAUAAAUGAACUCACCGUAUCCUUGUGUACCCGAAAUGUGCUUGGGAAAAAUGGUAGUACUACUUGCCUACAAAAUACACGUAUUUCAUGAAGAGUUUAAUUUACCGACACCCUUACCUACACAUUGGACGGUAAUCUGUAUUCAAACAAACCAUCACACAUUAACCCAAGCAAGAUUCGGGUAGAAAACAAACUCUUCUUACGAUUUCCGUAAAAGAUCUCAAAUGAAUCUUCAUAAAUUGCCUGCGCUAGACUCUUUUAUAAACACGUCAUAAAUUCUACCUCUUACCACUGGUAUAAAACAGAGUACAUUUCAAAAGUAUAUUUUUCGAAAGUAGUUUAAACACGCUGAAUUUGAAUCAAGGGUAGUUAAGCAAAUUAUUUUAAAAUAUUCGGACAUAUAAGAUAUUAAAAUACAAUUCAGACACAUGGAUUUUGCAAUAGCGUUCUGACAUUUGAUAGGCAGUUUAAAAUAAGGUCUAAAGUUUUUGACACUCCCCCCGUCACAACAGCUCAAGUUUGCAGUGACUUGACGUGAUUUUCCAUUAUGAAGUCAUAUAUUGGUAGUGGCAUAAAGUGCACUGUGAUGUUCUAUAAGGGAAGCCUUAACCUACCUGCGUAUACAAAACAAUUAAUGUUGAUCAUUCAUAUACUUUCUAAAUUUUUUUUUGUUCAUUCAAAUGUCAUUAGAGAUUACGUAACUGAUCUUUACACCGUAUCAGAAUACAAUCUGUAUAGAAAUGCAUCGGUGUUUGAGAUGGACAUUACCUUUAUUACUUAAAUAUACAAACAUGUUCAGUUUGACAGUUGGAUUAUCGUAUUGUUAAAUACAAUGCUGGACUGGUUAGACAUUGCAAUCAUUCCGCUAGUCAUCACCAUGAUCUUCUGCAGAUUGAAAUCAACAGAUUAUAUGACAUUCACACGUACGCUGUUAAGAUAACAGGUUAAAUGCAUAGGAAAGAAAUAUAGAUAAAGCAAGUGAAGAUCAGCUGAGUUUUAUGUUGUAACUGAUACUAUUUUUGUCAUAAAAACUUUUCAAACACUGCGGUUACCUUAGAUACCCUAGAAAGUGCAAACUACAUCGUAUAGUAUAUCCAAUCUGAUGUGUGAAACUAUGUAACAAACUACAUCGUAUAGUAUAUUCAAUCUGAUGUGUGAAACUAUGUAACAAACUACAUCGUAUAGUAUAUUCAAUCUGAUGGGUGAAACCAAGUAACAAAAUACAGUUGGAAGAAAUAUGUGUGUACCUGGAUCAGCAUACACAGUAUCUGAUUGAUAUUCAAAGACAAAGAACUGGUGACAUAUAACGUUUUUGAUUUGUAUUUCACGACAACAGCUACUAUCACUUGUGAUAUGCGGAUGGAAUUCCUUCGGACGGAGGUUUACCUGAACUCGGAUGUUGCUGGAAUACGUGGAUCGGAAUUGGAGGCGGGAAAAAUGGAAUCCAUUGGAGUUGAAAUAUAAAAGUAUGUUGGAUUGUUGAACUAAUUCCAAAGGUAUCACCUUUAUUGAAGGUUACCUUCAAUAAGGGCUGUAAGUCUCGUUUCUCGUCACUUCCGGUGAAGCGUUUCCGGUGACAAACAAAUACCAGUAUAUAGAAUUGGGCCAACUACACGUCCGAAAAAACCAACGCUUAUGCGUAAAUCGGAGAACGCUGUGUACCACAACCAUUUGUUAUAUCUCUGUUUAAGAAGUUGAAGUACAUUGUCAGUGCAGUGGUUCAAGUGGCGGUGGAGAACAAAUUGUAUAAAGUAACCAGAAUACAGGAAGAGUAUUUACUCCCUCAAGUCAAGCCAUCCUUACCAUCACCUGAUACAGGGUCAGAUUUUGUGCAAUGUGAAUUAAUGCGUCUUGGUUGUUUGGACUGCAGCUGACUGCAUGCAAAGUUAUCCGAAUCAUCAAGGAACCUCAGUGGACAAAGAACAUUGCAAAGUGAUAGAAUUUUAUUGAUGCAACUUGAUUAUUUGGACAACAGCUGACUACAGAAUUAUCCGGGAUCAUAAAGGACACUGAAUGGACACAUAACAUUAACAGAAUUAUACGUAUAAUAUUUCCAUUCCUGAAUGAAUUCAAAAUCAACAUGUAUUGAUAAAAUAUACUUAGUAAAACAAUAAGAAUCAGUAGUGCAUUUUUUAUUUAUACUAAACUAUUUGACAACAAGUUUUAUUUUAUUCAUAAAUUCCCGAAGAUAUGAACAUGUAGAACAUUGUACUUAAAAGUCACUCCAGAAAAAGUUAAUAAAAGAUUACGGUUAAAUAAAUCGUUAUUAAUAUUUAAUAUACUGUUUAAUGUAUCCCAUGUACAUAUUAUCUUGGUUGAUAUUGGCUCGUAGACUGCUGGUAUGUAGAUUUUAUCCUUUCUUUAGCCCUCUCGAUAUAAAUACUCCCCUGGCUAUUAUGUAACACAGUUCAACUUUUUUAUAAGCCAACUGUCCUCUUAAGGAUAAAAACGCUGGAAUGUUCAUUGUUCAAGGACACACCUUGUGGUAAUUGAUCACAGAUGGUUAACACCUAAGCCGUUUUCCAGCCGUGGGUUUUGCAGAAACUUUGCUGUGAAGCACAUGUUGAUCCUGUAUUCAAAGUUGAAAAAUAAGUGAUUGUACCAUUCGGUGUUCCACAAGUAUGUCAUCACUUACAGAAACUGUAUGUCAUGGCCUGGGUAUCAAGGUGUCUGGGAAUAUUGUAAGACAUUAGUCUCAAUGGCAUCGAUCCAUCUAACAUAAAUUUUAAAAAAUUGGAAGAAAAAUCAUUUUCAUACGAUACGUUUCUCUUUAUCUCAAGGAAGUUAUUGUAAGACUUAGUCUUAAGUUAAAGCCACAUUCUUGAAUUUAGUAUAAACUAAUACUUUUCUAUACACAAAACUGUUUAUUAUAUACAAUCUGAAACUGGUUUAGGGAGAGAGGAUAGAAAACUUCAAUGCGGACGGAGAAGGUUUGUUUAAUAAUGAUAUUCCCAGUAAACCAUCAAUACAGUUGUACGAACUUUAAAACAUAAGGUAUCAUGUUAUCAAAUUAUACCCCCCCCCCCACCAAGUACCAACCGAAUCUCAAUUAAUCCACUUUCUAAAACAAUUUAUUGUUUUAUAAUAUUAAAUACUGUCACUUCUUUUUGAAAAUUGUGUAAAUAUUACAUUUAUCAAGGUCUAGCUGCAAUAAUGUAGCACUCUUCGAGUUUUUUACUUUGACAUCCCCCUCCCCCUUUUAAAGGAAACAAGGGCUACAUUAUUGCAGCUAAUCAAGAUCAUGCACGCGCGACGCCGAUAAUAAAUCAGUGAUGAAGUUGUAUUGUAUAUGGAAAGAGUACUAUUUAGUAGUACUACAGCUGCUGUGUCUAGGAAUGUUUUUCGUAAAAAUUCUCUCUAUAGAUCGUAAAAUCAUGCUCCUCCCUCUUUAAACAUUUGAUUUAUACAAUUUCAAGCGUGACUGCAUGUAAUGUAUAACUGUGUACAUUUUGAUUUGUGGAUUGUAAAUAAAUAAAUGUAAAUCUA